AUGUCCGCCCCUCCGUACCUCGACGCCGCUGCUGCCGCGGACCUCUCCGCCGUCCUCGUCCGCCUCGUCUCCGCGUUCGAGGUGUAUACGGCCGAGGAGAUACAAAUCCGCCCGCCCCAGUUUCCCGAUACCAACACGGUGUAUCGCUGGGCGUCGUGGGCCCGCGCCCUCGUGAUAGACUUCUAUGGCUAUAUCGCGAACCACCAUCUAGCGGUGCAGUUCCACCAUCCCCCGGCCGAGUUCGACAUCCAGCCCGUUCUUGUCCGGCUUUCGAUGUCGAUGUACCACCUCUCCGGAAAUGAUCGUGUCCCCGCCGCCCUCCGACCCCUCCUUGCCAACCUGGAGGCCGACCUUCGCCGCCCGGCACAGAUUCAUCCUAAUGGCCGGUACGUUGUCUGGGGGUCGAACCAGUUGUCGUUCCCUCUCGCCGUCCCUCUCCUCCCUCCCUUCCCUCCUUUCCCCUUUUAUCCCGUCGUGUUUGACCGAAAUGCACCACCUCGUCGUUUCGUGCCCCGACCAUUGGAGGAGUACCGGCGGGCUACUCUGCGCGGAGAGGCGGCGACCCCGAACCUGGCCACCAUGUCCCUUCCCUCCGCCGCCCUGAGCCCCGCAGCUCAGCCCCCGGAAGGAGUCUUCGUCCCCCCUUUCUUUCCUCCUGGGCCGUUCCGGCUGGACGGCAGCUUCUCCCCUCGGCACGCCUCACAGCUUCCUCCUCCGCCCGCACAAUCCUCUCCCGGUCCUUCGGUGCGUACACCGUCCAGCCCCGACCAUUUCGUUCGUGACACCGGCCUCCUCGACCCCGUCCCGCCCGUUCCCUCCGCUGGUUCGGUGGUCGCCCCCCAGCCGUCGCCUACUGGCCCUCCGUCGGCUGCUCCGCGCCUCGCCCCUUCGCGAUCCUUGCCCGCGCCAUCCGCCCCAGGUCCUAUCGUCCCCACUACGGGCCUCGUCGACUCUGUCCCUCGGGCCCCAGCGGCGGCUUCUCGUGCACCCCCCGCCAGCUCUCGCCCCGCGCCCAUCAUCCAAGCUCCCGGGCUGCGGUUGUACGGGGUCUCUCAGCCACCCCCUGCCGUUGCCCCUAGCGCUUCGACCCCGGGUCCCUCCGCCGCGGUUGCUGCCUCCUCGUCACGUCCCUCCGGUCCUGCUGCCUCCUCCGGUCCGGCUGCAGGUUCCUCCGAUCCAGUGCCCCCGGCCCCCUCCGGUCAGACGGCCGCGUCUCGAACUCGCUACGGCUUGUUCGUAUACGCCCCUAGCCAGGCUUGCAGCAGCACUCAUGCGCUGGCUACAGCGCGGCUCGGGCUUCGAUAUAUCGGCCCCCACCCCUUGCAGACCAGGCACUCGGUAGCCGGUUCCCUCCAGUUCCUUCCCGACCCGCCGGUCGCAAACGCACCCGCCGACUUACUCGGGGCUUUCCCGUCGUCUUCUAGGGCGGCGAACCCGUCGUCUUCAAGCGGGGCCGGUCCUUCGUCGUCGGUGUUGCCGCGGAAAUCGACACCGCUGUUCUUCGACAGCCCGCGUAGUACUCCCGCACCCUCCGUCCCUCCGAACGUGGCCAUGCGCUCCGCCGCGCUUGCCUCCGGUGCGACUCACGCCGCGCAGUUGGCUGAUCGUUCCCGGUCGGCGCGCCGUUCUCGCCCGCCCAUGUCACCCUCCGCGACCCCGUCUGUGAGCGACGAGCACGAAGUCGAGAGCGAGGACGAGCGCGACGAGCUGGACGACGAUGAAGAGGAGGUCGCUGGUUUGGCCACGUUCAACUUCGAGCGCGAGCUAGACGUUCAGACCGCUCUGGACGUCUCGCAGGUGUUAUCACGGCUCCACGGGUCCUUCAGCGAGGACGUCGCCAACGAAGUUUUCAUCGUGAUUCCCCCUGGCGGCGUCCCUUCUCUUUGGCUCCCUGAGCUCGCGGUGCUCGCGCGUUGGAUGGCUUGGGCUCGGACCGCCGUGUUCCACCUGAACGCCUUCGUCGCGAACCUCGUCAUCGCGAUGCAGUUCGGGUACCCUCCGACGCCGCUCCCUCCCCAGUACGAGGAAGUGAUCGCCCGCACCCGUCGCAACGCCUUCAACGUCGGGAGGUGCCAACACCUCGCCCCCGAGCUGGUACAACUCGAGAUACGACGUCUCAUCGCGGACUUCCGGGUGUACCCCGAGCCGCCAGACGAUAGGCCCCCUUCUCCUUUGGCUUGUCCCCCUGCUCGCGCCUUCUUCCGAGCUGUGCCUCCGAACGCGCACAUUCCAUUCCCUCUGGUCGCCCCCCCAUCUUCGUACGCUCCGUUUCGUCCUGAUGGCACGAUCGAUCCCUUGGCCUUCGUCCCUCACACUCCCUCCGACCAGUCCUCCGGGAUCGCCAGCCCACAGUGA